UCCCAGACUACGCGGUCAAGGUGGAUAACAUCAACACAAUAUGUAGGCAAUUACAGCAAGCGGGAAAGGGAAAGAUGGCCUGCUAGCCAGGGGUCAAGAACACAGAUAAGGGAUGGGUGUAGUAGAGGCCACUAAGGGUUUAGCUGGAGAUAUGAGGAUCGAGGAGGUUUGGCGCCAGAAAGGAGAGGCUGCCCAAAGCAUUAUAUCCGUACGCUCUGAUCUCCAGCUUAACUGAAACAGAACUUACAGCAUUAAUGGAUAUUAGUUCCCCCAUUAAUAAAAAAUGGAGGUUCUGCAUAUUUGCAUGCUUCGUGGGCUCCAUUAUCCUGCUUUACUGUCUGAAUCAUGACCAAGACGGCGUACACCUUUUGGUUUCGGGGAACACUGCCAUAUCCACGACAUCAUCCAAUGACUCGCAGCAUUCAGCAGCUGACAUGGCUUUCACUGCUUCCGGAAACAUUGCCAUAACCAUGGCAUCGUCCAACGACUCGAAUCAACAUCCAGCAGCCGACAUGCAGUUCUUGCAACCAUCGAACAUAACAGAAAAUGGAACAAACGUAAACGAGAAGGAAGAUAGCUGCAAUAUCUUUGAUGGUAAAUGGACUUAUGACCCAACAACAAGUCCUCUGUAUCAUGCAUCACAUUGUCCAUUUCUUACUGACCAAGUUAGUUGCCAAAGGAAUGGCAGACCAGAUUUUGAAUACGAAAAUUGGAGCUGGGAAGCCAAGAGGUGUCAGAUUCCUAGGUUUAAUGGUAAAGAUAUGUUAGAGAGACUUAAAGGGAAGAGAUUGAUUAUGGUUGGGGACUCCAUCAACAGAAAUCAAUAUGAGUCUCUUGUUUGCCUUCUAUACUCUGCUAUUCCUUCCUCGCAAGCCGACGUAUCCAUGAAGGGACGCUCCAAGUUUUUUAGAGCGAAGCAAUACACUUGUUCUGUGGAGUUCUAUUGGAGCCCUUUUCUAGUGCAAGUGAAACGAAGGAAGGAACUUGGUGGCCGAAUUCUAAGCCUAGACAAACUUUCUGACUGGGAAAGGAGAUGUCGGGUUGCUAAUAUUAUGCUAUUUAACAGUGGUCAUUGGUGGCUUCAUCGUGGGAGUUUCAAAAGCUUUUGGUGCAGGUUUGGAGGAUGAGAAGGAGGAG